CCGUCUCGGUACGUCGUCUACCUGUGCGACUCCUCCAAGCUGUGCGGGGGCUGGGGGGACCGGCAGCGGGGCAUCACCUCCCUCUACCUGCUGGCCCGUCUCGCGGGCCGCCAGUUUAAGAUCAUCAUGUCGACGCCGUGUGACCUCAGCAGGUUCUACGUCCCCAGCAAGGUCGACUGGCUGGUGACCGGGAACGAACUCGUGACCUCCUCCAGCAUUGUCGUCAACGACAUCUUCGACCAAGGCGUGGUCUCCCGCGUUGCGUCUGGGGACUUCAACGAACAGUUUCCCCAGGAGGUCAUCUAUGUCCAGUCUAACUCUGAUUACUACGACAAGCUCAGGAAGAACUCAAUUUAUUCCACCUUGUUGAACCAGUGGGGAGGUCUCGUCAGGAGAAAGGCCAGAUUCACCUGGGCCUGGCGUGACCUCAUGAAGCCGUCCCCGUUACUGCUGACUCACCUUGAGCGCAUCAUGGGUUCCCCGUUCCUCAUCAGAAAAGGGCUGGCCUCUCAGCCGCUGAAUAAAGACCCCAAAAUCCGGCCGAUUUACGACUUGGGGAACUCCCCAUUGAUCUGCGGCCACGUGCGCAUGGGCAAAAACCCCACCAUUCCGAUGGAUGAAGCUCUUUCCUUUUUCACGCUGAACGAUCUCCCGCUGCUGUACGACUUCCUGCAGGGGAAAGACAAAAACCGGGACGCGUUCUUCUUCGUGGCGUCCGAUUUCGAGCAGGUCAGAGGCAAGUCCCGGGAAAGGUUCGGGGACCGCCUCAUCGACUACGGCGGGAAGAUCAUCCACAUCGACCGACAGAGGGGCGACCGGAAGGCCUGCGCCGGGUUUGAGGUGGCCCUCAUGGACCAGCUGGUGCUGAGUCUGUGCGACGUCCUCGUCAUCUGUAAGAGCGGGUUCAGCAAGUACGCCUCCUAUCUCAGCAACACGUCGGAGCCGGUGUACAUCUUGGAAGGCGGACAAAUACACGAGUUCAAAGGUUAG